AGGUGGGACCCGACGGUCUCGAACACGUGGUGGAAUACGCAUCUAAGAUGGUGCUGACCUGCAAGCGCAACUACGCGGCCCCGACGGCAGAGUGUUACGCAACCUUAUUGGGGACCAGCCACUUCCGAGCAUAUCCGUACGGUCGGAAUUUUACAUUGGUAACCGAUCACGAGCCGCUGUUGGCGCUGAAGAAAUCCAAGGAUUACUCGGGUAUGAUCAGACGAUGGGCCACCAUCCUGCAGAGCAUGGACUUUGACAUCCGUCAUCGGAAGCACGAGAGGCACGGGAAUGCUGACGGGUUGACACGACUGUACCGACCCGAGAAGGUCCUCAAGAUCGAAGAAGUGAUUAUGUGGAACGAGCCGGAGAAGGAAGGCGGACCGCGAUACGGACAUAGCGAUGACAGUCCCGCUCCGCACAUCGUCAUGCGAACAUUGGCGCCGUAUCUCCAGUGGACCGCUUGCUUGGAGGAACCUGGGAGUGAUAGCACUCUGCCAUCACGACAGGAAUACUUGAAGCCGUACGGGAUCAUCGAUAACGCCUUCUAUCCGAAGGAGCCCGAGGCGCUUGAAGGAGAAGAGGAAGCCACCAAAGAGGAGGGCGACGCCGACGAAGAAACGUCAGAGGAGGGGAGUUAUAGUGAGUACAGCGAAGGGGAGCAGAGUGAGGAGGAGGAACUAGAAGAAGAGGAAGACGAGGGAGAGGAGACCGGAUCGGAGUGGGAGGACUUGCCGGAGGAAGCGGCGCGUACAGGUACGGAAGCGGAAGAUCCCGAAGCGGCACGAAGAAGGGAAGAGAUCGCCGCCGGGAAAAACCAGUUGGAGAUUGUCAGCGGGGCGAGCCUGUGCAUCAUUGACGACCCAACCAGGGAUCUAGAGCCCCCCGAGCCCGAAGAUGGCGGAUCAGCAACCGCGGCUCCGAGCACAGCACGACGGAGACGGAGCCGAUCCCCCUCCCCCUCCACCCCAACCCGUCCCCCAGUUCGUCCACGCACCGAUGCGGGGAAUCGGUCUUCGUCCCCGGUCGUUAUCCCGCCGUCCCCUUGAUCACCUCACCUUUUGCCAGAUCUCUACCCCCGUGACCUUCCCUCGCAACCCCAAUACUUUCGAGCACUUUUACUCCACCCGUC